AUGGCGGCCUCCGCAGCUGUCCGGUCGAGCAUGGGGCUGACUUUGAGACUUUCCAGAGUUAUACCAGUCUGUAGCACAUGUCCCUUGUACAGAUUAAACAUCUGUGGUAACAGUGCGGCCAGUUUGCAAAGGAGAGGCUCAUUUGACAGUAUCCGGACAAUAAAUCGACAUUUGCAGACUAGUAUAGGUCUUUACCAAAUUGAAGAGGGGAGCUCCAAUGCAGAGGAUCCAGAUGAUUAUGUGGUCAAUAUUGUGUACAUAGAUCGGUCUGGCCAGAGGAUCCCAGUCAAAGCCAAAGUGGGAGAUAAUGUUCUUUACCUUGCUCACAAGCAUGGGAUUGAUUUAGAAGGAGCCUGUGAAGCAUCGCUGGCCUGCUCAACAUGUCAAGUUUAUGUGAGUGAUGCUCAUUUUGACAAACUGCCAGAGCCUGUUGAAAGGGAGGAUGACAUGCUGGAUAUGGCACCCAUGCUUCAGGAGAACUCCCGCCUGGGAUGUCAGAUUAUUCUAACCCCAGAGCUCGACGGCAUGGAACUGACAUUGCCCAAAGUCACCAGGAACUUCUAUGUGGACGGUCAUGUUCCCAAACCUCACUGAGAAUAAGGAAAGCAAAUGAGAAAGGGGAUGGAGAAUGGAGUGGGUGCUGCUGCAUACUUGACACCAUGUGCACUGGUUGAGUGAGGGGCGACCAUGAAGACUGGUUGAGUUAAUGAAGUUCAUAGUAAACCCCCUAAGUGAUCUUGGUGACUGACAGAUUACCAUAAUUACCAAUGACACUUUGGUGAAGCAGAUGCGAUCAGGGAGCAUCAGACAUUGAGUCUCUCAUAAGGUGAAAUUAAUGGUUACUUAAAAAAAAAAAAAAAAGUUUAAACCAUUUAACUUGACAGUGUUUUUAUUUACAUGGAAUGUUCUCAGGCCAGUAUUCAGACACUAUCCAGACUCACAAAAUACUCUUUAUUAUAAUAUCGCUAGAGGAUUUUAGACAUAUUUCAUUUUUGUGUUAAACACAGCAGAGCAACUUUUAACACAACCUGUCUUAAUAUGUUGGAUUUAACAUUCCCUGUUACUGCUCGUAUACGCACAAGUAUCACAAGUUGACGUCCUCAAUCAUUUCAGCCUGUGCAUCAGUAUGACACUGUUUCACUUGUCUAAUAUUAUAUGCAUUGUAUUUACUUUAAUCUUUAUGUACCAGCUUUAUUUUUUAGGUGCUGUGAUGGCUUUAAAAGUGUUUAUUUACUAAAAUGAGCCCGAUUUCAGAAACCUUUCAGAGUUUUUGGCACCAUAGCCCUAAAAUCAGCCAUACAGAAGGAUAAUGAGGAUUGUUCAAUAGUUGCCUGAAACUCAAAGGGUGGCCUCUUAGUAUAGUCAGUUUAGUUGAUAUAUUAACAUUAAAAUAAAACCCAAAUCAGUUGUUUUGCAAGUUAUGCAGUGUGUAAAAUAAUCAGAGGAGGAGUUCUUUGUAAGGCUCACAGUGACCUCAGCACUUACACAGGCUUCAUUAAGUGAUCUGGUUGAGAUUUAGUUUAAUCCAGAUCAGGAUGGAAGUGGACAUGUGUAUGUUUUGAAGCUGUUUGGCUUCAUGUUACCAUGAGAUGAGUUUACUGCGUCUGACCUCAUCAUGUUGAGUCUACUGUACUUGUCAUACCUAACGCACAAUUGUAAAGUGAACUGUGUACAUUAUGAAUUUUGAAACUACAAUUAUUUUAAGCUGUGCAAUAAAAUCAGUCAUAAGAA